CAUUCAUUUUGCUUUUUUUUUCUUUAAAGUAAAAGAUACUGAUUUAAGAAAAAGCAUUUUAUGUAUUGAUAGCUGUGUUUCGAUGCAAGUACUCAACAAAAUUUGAAUGAUCCAUAAAAUUAAAUUAAAUGGAAAUAUUUCAAUGGAAAACUUUUUUCAUUUUUUGCUGCUUUUCGAUUCCAUUCUUUAUUUAUAUAUACUUUAAUUUUACAACAUUUAUAAAAUAUGGCAUAUUAAAUCCAAGUUUCGCAAAUGUUGUUAAACAAGCUACAAAAGACUCAAAGAAUUAUCGCAUUUUCAACCUAGAAAAUAAACAAAAAACAGAAAAGUCAUUAUAUCUAAACCAAAAAAUUCUUCUACUGUUGUAUACAUCAUUUUUCGGUGAUAAAUGGCCAAUUGAUUCCUCAUCUAAAUGCAAUUUUGAAACAUCUAACUUUCAAAUGACAUAUAAUAAGGACCUAUUCCGUCGUAGUGAUGUUGUCAUGUUUCAUUCGCGCAACAUGCCAUCGAUACAAGAGUUAGAAAGCCUUAGCAAUAUUAGAAGUAAGGAACAGCUGUGGAUUUAUUUUACAAUGGAGUCAAUUUACAAUAAUCCUAGUGUUGAUAACAUAGAUAGAUACUUUAAUGCUACAGCCUCAUAUGGGACAGAUACUGAUAUACCAUUACCUUACAGAUACCAUGGAAAACUCCUGAAAACUGAUGAAAGUAUUGACAAAGAUUACUUUUCAAAAAAAUCAAAAAUGGUAGCCUGGAUGGUAAGUAAUUGCAAUGGAGAUGCUAGAAACAAGCUUGCUUCAAAGUUAAUAUCAUUUGGUGUUGAUAUAGAAGUCUUAGGAUCAUGCUCAAUAAACUUUCCAAAGCAAUUUUCUUCAAAAUGUCCAGGCAAACCAUGUUUAGACGAUUUUAAAUUUUAUUAUUCUGCAGAAAACUCUUUAUGUGACGGUUACAUUACAGAGAAGUACUGGUAUAAUGGACUUGAUAACAACUUAAUACCAAUAGUAUUAGGAGGAUCCAACUAUUCUGAUCCAAGAUUAGCCAUUCCAGGAUCUUUUAUUGAUGCUAUGAGUUUUGAUUCACCAAAAGCCUUGGCUGAUUAUAUUUUAGAUGUUAGUUCCAAUUCUACCAAGUAUAACUCUUACUUUAGGUGGAAAAAAAACUGGCAGUUAGACAGCUCCAGUAACUUUUGCAUGCUUUGUGAUAAAAUAAGAAAUGGUUUAAAUCUUCGAAAAAAUCCCUUAAUAAAAACAAUGCAUAUAGAAAAAUGUAUUCGCCCUCAGGAAAAGUUCAACAUUUGGAUAAAUAAUAACUAAAUAAUUUUACAAUUCAAAAUUAUUUGAUAGCUAUUUGAUAAUUCAAAAUGAAAUGUAAUGAAGUAAACCUAAUAAAAAUAAAAACCGUUAUAAAAUUCAAUUACAAAAAAUUAACUAUUUAAAGUAAUUUUUCAUACAAUAAUUAUGAAGUCAAUUAAUACUUAUGAACUCAAUUACAUAUUUUGAGUUAUUUUGAUUAUGCUCCUGUUAUAGAUCGUGUUAAAGUUUGGUGUUAACAAUGGUGAUACCACUAAUUAACAAAAUUCAAAUUUAUCUUUUAGAGAAAACCUAAAAAAAAUGUUUGUUAUAUUUAAAACCAUAUAAUAAAACGUAUUUGUAAUACUGUUGGGACCAUAAAGCAAGGGUCUUGUUAAGUCUA